AUGCGCUUGACGCGAGGCGCAAACACUAGAGAAAGCUCGACUACCAAAAAUAAAACGUCGAGCAUAAUAGUCAAGACUAUUGAAAGCAGCUAUCACUCGAUAUCAUUUGUCGAGAUUGAUCAUACAACGAUGAUGGCUAAUCACUGGAUAUGCUGUUUGGUGCUGUAUCUCAGCGGAGCCGCUUCCGCAAUGAACCUGGAUAUUACUUCGAAGGAUUCGAUAUGUAAUGCGACGGCGUUGAUUCAACAAGGUAUGAUGGAUUACUAUGAAGGAACGAGAUACGGUGGUACUGUGGGAAUGUUCCAACCUCCGUACUAUUGGUGGCAGAGUGGAGAAGCGUUUGGUGGUAUGAUCGAUAAUUGGUUCUUUUGUCAGAGUAACAGUUACGAAAGUAUCAUUUAUGAUGCUCUUUUAGCUCAAACCGGCCCCCACUACGAUUAUAUGCCCGAGAACCAGACCAUGGUGGAAGGUAAUGACGAUCAAGGUGUUUGGGGUAUCACUCUUAUGGGCGCUGUAGAGCGUAAUUUCACGAACCCGAGCAAUGGGACGCCUGGUUGGCUGGCCAUGGCACAGGCUAUCUUUAACCAGCUUUACAGUCGAUGGGACGCGGCUAGUUGCGGUGGUGGUUUGAGAUGGCAGAUCUUCACAUGGAACGGUGGUUACAAUUACAAGAAUACCAUUUCGAAUGCGUGUCUGUUCCAGAUCGCGGCCAGAUUGGGACGGUACACGGGCAAUACCACGUACUUGGAUGUGGCUACCAAGGUUUUCGACUGGCUUGUCGACGUUGGAUACGUUGUGUUGAAGGACGAAGGUAACGUGUUCGACGGUGCGGAGAUCGACCAAAAUUGCACCAAUAUAGUCACGCUAGAGUGGACCUAUAACCACGGUGUCGUUCUGGGCGGUCUGGCUUACAUGUACAACGCAACCAACGGAUCGACGGAAUGGGAGACUCGUGUAACGCAGAUUCUGUCUGGUGCUGAGUCUUAUUUUUUCAAGAAUUCCAUCAUGUAUGAGAGUACAUGCCAGCAGGAUUCCACAGUCACCUGCAACAACGACCAGAGAUCUUUCAAGAGCAUUUUCUCCAGAAUGCUUGGUCUUACCAGUGUGCUUGUGCCCUCUACGCAGCCCGUCAUCGACAAUCUUCUGCAGACGAGUGCGCAAGCCGCGGCAGCUUCCUGCAGCGGCGGCACAGAUGGCCAUACAUGCGGGCUGAACUGGCUCAAACAGGCAAACGACGGCAUGUACGGUCUGGGAGAACAAAUGUCUGCACUCGAAGUGAUCCAAAACCUUCUGGUUAACAAAAGUCCGGCUCCGUUUAAAGCCGACACGGGAGGUUCUUCCACAGGUGACGCCAGCGCUGGUCUGAAUACGUCAUCUGCAAACGUUCUACAGAACCAGCUAGAUAUCACGACGGGGGAUCGCGCGGGAGCCGCGAUCAUAACGGCAGUCGUGCUGCUGGUCAUUGUCGGAGGAUCCAUUUGGAUGCUCUUUUAA